GACAUCCAUGUUUGUAGUCCUGUUCCGAAUGAUAUUGUUUUGCCUCCGCUGUGUCGUGUCUCUUUACCUCGCUCUUGAGCCUCUGACCGAGGGAUUCGUAACACUUUCUGUAUGACAGUGUUUCCUUGUACGAUGCUACAAUGUCUGCCAUUUGCUCUGUACAACAAAUUUAAAUCAGCGGAAUGGACCGUCCUCCUUCUUGAUAGUGUCCAACGAGCUAAAUAGGUCGCCCGAUUCUGCUAUUCAAUUCAGGCAGUAACGUUGGCAACAAUUUCUCAAACCAGCUUCCGAUUCUUCAAGAUUUGAGCAGAUAUUUGUUGGUUAGUCAGAACUUCAUCAGAAAUUUCUGCAGGACGAUGUAAUCCAGAUGUGCCGAUUCUGGGCUUGAGUGGUGACACUGCACUCUGUCUGAAACGAUGUCUUGGACGACAAAUGGUGGCGUUGUGGACAUACAAAUGUCCGUCUGUGGCUAUAACUGACAUCUACUAUCCAAACAGGACAUUUUUAUUUUGGGAUGUGCAUAGGCUUUUAAAUAACACUUCCAUCCUGUGACACCCGUUGGCUCCACCCCUGGUAACAGUGCCAAAAUUCGACUCUUAAUAAAGAUAUAACAACAAAACAGAUGUAACUCCAGGAGCAGAACAAAGCUGAAUUUUUGGAAAUUUAAGACGCUGUCUAUUGAUUUUGUGCAUUUUCUUCAGUGGGUCUUCCGAAUUAAUUCCCAUUUCAGGAUUUAAUUAAAUAUUUUUGUGUAGGCCUGUUUUCAGACAUUUGUUAUUGUUUGGGGUUACUGACUGACUAAAGUUUAUGACAGUAUCAAAGUCCAUGGUUGGCUCAGGGCUUGUUAAAGGGGUCCGCUGCACUAUUUCGCUGCAAAACAAGUAGUCCUUAUUUCCAGUCGUCACAGCUCAGAGACGCAGACCAGGAACAACACGCUUGUUUGGGCUUGUAACUCUGCAAAAAAACAGACUCUUUGCGCGGUCAAAAUGUUGAGGAAGUAUCUGGUAAACAUCGGAUUGGGAGUGAAGAACCGACAGCAGCAUGAAGUGAUCCAGAAAGUAGCAGACGGACUGAACUAUGGAGAGACGCAGUACCGUAACGCAUCCACCUCCAGCAGCACCUUGAUGCCAGUCAACAAACUGAAAACUAUAGAUGAUUUAGGGGGGCCGAGCUUCAUGACCACCUUAUACUGGCUAUUUGUGAAGGGAUAUUUCCAAACGACGCAGCAAAUGCAAAUCGAGCACAGCAAGAUCUACGGCCCACUAUGGAAGUCUGCAUACGGCCCCUUAGUGGUUGUGAACGUGGCCAGUGCCGACCUGAUAGAGCAGGUGCUGAGGCAGGAGGGGAGACACCCGGUACGGACCGACAUGCCCCACUGGAGGACCUACCGGGAGCUUAGGAACCAGGCCCACGGACCCCUGACAGAGAUGGGGGCCAAGUGGCAGCGCAUCCGCAGCAUCUUGAACCCUCGCAUGCUGAAGCCUAAACACGUCUCGUUGUACGCCAACACCAUCAAUGCGGUGGUGACAGACUUUAUCCAGAGAGUGGCUUGGCUGAGGGAGAGCAGCGGACAGGGAGUUCUGGUCAAUGACCUGACUGGAGAACUCUACAAAUUUGCUUUUGAAGGGAUCUGUUCAGUGCUGUUUGAGACCCGUAUGGGCUGCAUGGAGGAGGAGGUGCCGGAGGAAACCCAGAAGUUUAUCGUCUCCGUGGGGGAAAUGUUUCAUCUCUCCCAGAUCGUCGUCCUCUUCCCCCAGUCCAUGUGGCCCCACCUGCCUUUCUGGAAGAAGUUUGUUGCGACCUGGGAUCAUCUGUUCAAAGUCGCUGAAGAUUUGGUGCUGAAGAAAAUGGAGGAAAUCCAGCAGAACGUGCAGCUGGACCAGAGCGUUGAGGGAGCGUAUCUCACACAUCUGCUGCUCAGCGACCAGAUGACUGUGACAGAGAUUCUGGGCAGCAUGACCGAACUUCUGCUGGCAGGAGUCGACACAACCUCCAACACUAUCUCCUGGUCUUUGUACAACUUGGCAAAGGAACCUGAGAUCCAAGAACAGUUGUACCAGGAAGUUAUCGGAGUUUGUCCCAGAGACAAAGUGCCAAACAGCAGCGACAUCGCUCAGAUGCCGUAUCUGAAGGCCAUCAUCAGAGAGACACUGCGGUUGUAUCCGGUGGUACCAGGAAAUGCCAGAGUCACUGUAGACAAUGAGAUCGUGGUUGGAGAUCAUCUCUUUCCAAAAAAGACGCUGUUCCACUUGUGCCAUUAUGCUGUUUCAUACGAUAAGAACAUCUUCCCGGACCCCCACGCCUUCCAGCCUCAGCGCUGGCUCCGAGGACUGGAGGAUAAAUCCAAACAGCAUCCAUUCGGGUCGGUGCCAUUCGGGUUUGGGGUCCGAGCAUGCUUAGGUCGACGGGUGGCCGAGCUGGAGAUGUAUCUUCUCCUGUCCAGGUUGAUAAAGCAGUAUGAGGUGAGGCCGGAUCCUACAGGAACCACAGUGAAGCCGAUCACCAGAACUCUGCUUUGUCCCGCUACGCCCAUAAACCUGCAGUUUCUGGACAGGAGAGCGAAACAGGCGGCGGCCGGAGCUGCUCUGUAAGCUGCCAUUAGUAUUCACACUGUGUUGCCUUUCUGUCACCGAGCACUUGUUUAUACAGAGUUUUAAACACAAGUGCCGGGUAGAAACUGUGCAGCAGGCUGAAAUAAGAGGCUACUCAGUAUAGCACCCAACACUGUUUAUCCAAACUUUAAUGCACAGUUUGUCUAGUGCACUUCUACAAAUGAUACUUUUUUUAGUCUCUUUGAGCUAUUUUCUAAUGUAAUUCAGUCCUUUCUGGAUGCCAUUUAUUAGUUCUUGAUUCUGUGGGCCGACUUUAAUUUCUCCACAGAAAUUACUAUAAUAUACAGUGCCUUGUGAAAGUAUUCGGCCCCUUGAACUUUUCAACCUUUCGCCACAUUUCAGGUUUCAAACAUAAAGAUAUAAACUUUUAAUUUUUUGUCAAGAAUCAACAAGUGGGACACAAUCGUGAAGUGGAACGAAAUUUAUUGGAUAUUUUCAACUUUUUUAACAAAUAAAAACCUGAAAAGUGGGGCGUGCAAUAUUAUUCGGCCCCCUUGCAUUAAUACUUUGUAGCGCCACCUUUUGCUGCAAUUACAGCUGCAAGUCACUUGGGGUAUGUCUCUAUCGGUUUUGCACAUAGAGAGACUGAAAUUCUUGCCCAUUCUUCCUUGCAAAACAGCUCGAGCUCAGUGAGGGUGGAUGGAGAGCGUUUGUGAACAGCAGCCUUCAGCUCUGCCCACAGAAGCUCGAUUGGAUUCAAGUCUGGACUUUGACUUGGCCAUUCUAACACCUGGAUAUGUUUAUUUGUGAACCAUUCCAUUAUAGAUUUGGCUUUAUGUUUUGGAUCAUUGUCCUGUUGGAAGAUAAAUCUCCGUCCCAGUCCCAGGUCUUUUGCAGACUCCAACAGGUUUUCUUCCAGAAUGGUCCUGUAUUUGGCUCCAUUCAUCUUCCCAUCAAUUUUAACCAUCUUCCCUGUCCCUGCUGAAGAAAAGCAGGCCCAAACCAUGAGGCUGCCACCACCUUGUUUGACAGUGGGGAUGGUGUGUUCAGGGUGAUGAGCUGUGUUGCUUUUACGCCAAACAUAUCGUUUUGCAUUGUGGCCUAAAAGUUCGAUUUUGGUUUCAUCUGACCAGAGCACCUUCUUCCACAUGUUUGGCGUGUCUCCCAGGUGGCUUGUGGCAAACUUCAAACGAGACUUUUUAUGGAUAUCUUUGAGAAAUGGCUUUCUUCUUGCCACUCUUCCAUAAAGGCCAGAUUUGUGCAGUGUACGACUGAUUGUUGUCCUAUGGACAGACUCUCCCACCUCAGCUGUAGAUCUCUGCAGUUCAUCCAGAGUGAUCAUGGGCCUCUUGGCUGCAUCUCUGAUCAGUCUUCUCCUUGUUCGAGGUGAAAGUUUAGAGGGACGGCCGGGUCUUGGUAGAUUUGCAGUGGUCUGAUACUCCUUCCAUUUCAAUAUGAUUGCUUGCACAGUGCUCCUUGAGAUGUUUAAAGCUUGGGAAAUCUUUUUGUAUCCAAAUCCGGCUUUAAACUUCUCCACAACAGUAUCUGGGACCUGCCUGGUGUGUUCCUUGGUCUUCAUGAUGCUCUCUGCACUUUAAACAGAACCCUGAGACUAUCACAGAGCAGGUGCAUUUAUACGGAGACUUGAUUACACACAGGUGGAUUCUAUUUAUCAUCAUCAGUCAUUUAGGACAACAUUGGAUCAUUCAGAGAUCCUCACUGAACUUCUGGAGUGAGUUUGCUGCACUGAAAGUAAAGGGGCCGAAUAAUAUUGCACACCCCACUUUUCAGUUUUUUUAUUUGUUAAAAAAGUAUAAAAUAUCCAAUAAAUUUCAUUCCACUUCACGAUUGUGUCCCAAUUGUUGUUGAUUCUUGACAAAAAAUUAAAAUUUUAUAUCUUUAUGUUUGAAGCCUGAAAUGUGGCGAAAGGUUGAAAAGUUCAAGGGGGCCGAAUACUUUCACAAGGCACUGUAAGAAUUUUUCUGCUAUUUCCUCCAAAAGAUGAGGCUGAAUUUAUUCAGUAUUUUGUUGUUGACCAAAACCAACAAUUUGUUAAUUUGUAACUACUUUUAGACUUUUCAGUGCAUUGGCAGGCCUAUUGGUUUAUACUGAAAAUGUGCAUUUUAAAUGGUUCAGAAAAAAUGUCAUUUUAAUUUUUUAAAAUUAUCUAACAGCUGAGCACUGCAGCUUUUACUUAUAUUUAAAAUGCUAUUUUUGUUUGGGACUGUUUCUAUGUAUAAAUGCUGUAUUUCUUGCAGCAUGACAGUGUAUGUAAAAACUAAACGGAACUUACUUCAAGGUUGGUUUGACUACAAAAUGUAGUUCCUACCAGAUUUCUUUUUUGUAAUUAAAAAAAAAAUUUACUCUACAUAUUCAAAAUAUGCAGACUUUUAAUACUGAACUACAGAGGCAUUAACAAGGAAUUAGAAUUUUAAGAGAUACUUAAAAAUGAGAAAAAAGAUGUCAUACUUUUUUUUUGGGGGGGGGGGCAUGUAUUUUUUUUAAAGGUUUUAGCAAUGUUUGUACAUGUAAUUUGUUUUAGAAUCAAAUGUCUAUCCUCUGUAACUUGUAUAGAGAAAUAAUUAAAAUGUCUAUACUGUAAAUUGUACAGAGAAGAAUAUUUGAAAUGGUAGCAAGACAAGCUAAUAAGAGAUUUAAGACUCAUUCCAUUAAUGCAAUCCUGGGUGUGAAUCUUCACUAGAUGUCAGUAUCAUCCUCAUUUCUCCUGAUAUUUGUCAAAUAAAAUGAGAAAUAUGCAUUUA